CAGCUAUUCCAGUCAAUUCAGUUACCUCUUCAAGGUAACAUCCGAGACCACCGUCACAUGCCAACUUUCCAACUUAUGUAUUCAUACCUUAUACGAAGGUGUUCUUGAGCUUUGUCAAACUACCGACGACUGACAACAGAUCAUCAUGUUCUCGGUUUUACGCUUCGACACAUUAUGCAUAUAAAAUUACUACGAAAUCGAGGGACAGUAGUGCAACCAUGUCGUUGCGACCGCUUGUAUCCUCGAGUGAGCCUAAGGUUCACCGAGACGAAGAAUCCGCAUUGAUGAGAGCAUCGUCGCAAAGGAAUUUGGCCCCGGGCCAACUGGACGGCUCGAUAACUUCCCUCGACUCUCGCCAAACUACUCCCGCUCCCACGCCGUCGUCCACUGCGUCCCGUCGCCGUGUUAUUAUUCCAGAUCCUGUGGCUUUAAGAUAUCUAGAAGAAGACCCAUGCGUUACCGUCGUCGAGCGAAGACAGGUAGUUAAAGGUUACGAGCUGUACCUUGUCGAGCAAUGGGCAUGUUCCCGUCAAUCACCGACACAUGUUAUCGUUACAUAUACUGGAGAUGAGAAACACUCUGUCGUAGUUGGGAUAUUGGGCCUUCCAUCCGACGAGAAAGCUUGGUCAACGAGGUUGCGCGUCUACUUUAGGGCCAUACAAAAGUAUCAUGCACGCCCGAAGGAAACGAAUUUAGGAGAGUUGAUGGUUACGAAUCUCAGCAGUUUCCCUUCUGCUUUGACGGUUAUAUCUGUUCCCGACGGAGACAUAAGGACACACCGAAAGGAAUUUCUCGUUAACGAAGACCUUAAAAGAUUAGGAUGUUCCGGUCGAUCUGGUAUGACUUUAUCCGAACCUACUGGGGCAGCUAAGGCCAAGUUCACCCAGUUAUAUAAGACAGCUGAUAAGGUACUGUUCUCUGAUGCCGUGAUCGAGUUGGUCAAGAUGUGCCAAGUGGCUCUAUCACUAUUUGGAAAGCUAGAUCAAGUUUAUAUCGAUGGAUUGCUAUGCGAUAUUACCGAAACUGCCAUCGGGAAUUGGUGGACCGAGUUCGGGGCAGAAUACUACAACAUAGAACCAGCCGAUGGUAUUCUGGGUCCUACAACAGUCGCUGCGCUUCUCGGCUUAUUGAUGGGUGCGCGUAAUAGGCUGAGUUACUUUGGAGCCCCUGUUCCCAAGGACGUCUUCGACAUCGAUGCGAUUGAGAAGGGUAUCUCCCAUUUCCAGAAAUACCAAAAGUUAGAUAGAACUCGACGACUAGAUCGACAGACUAUGCAUAAGCUUCACUCGGCGACGGCAAAAGCGGCUGCGGGAGAGGGUUGGGGCGUGCAGAAGGCAGUUAAGUCGACGAUGACCGAAAUAGGUGGGAAGCGAGGCGAGAUUGUUCUUGGCAUGGUUGGCGGCCGAGAUAAAGGUGGUAUCGGAGACAUCGAGGGUCUAGAUUUAGACAGGUUUAUCAGCCUGGCUUCUGGAGAGCGUGCAAAAUGGUUAUGGCACGGCAAGCCCAAGCGUUCGAAUCCGGAUAAUCACGAAAGACCGAUGUCCGAUAUGAAUAAUAUCCUAUUUGGCAAAGAUGACCUUUCCAGCCAAGCCAAAAGGGUACACUCAGCACCUCUAGAGGAAGAAGAAACUCGUCGCCGAGAGGAAAUUCCAGGUGUCUAUUCCGCCACCCCCGCGUCUGGUUCUGCGGUUAGUAUAGUAGACAGCCCCGGGGAAAGGGAUGCACUUCGGCGCGGGUUCAAAAGUGUCGCUCGGGAUGCUCGUUCGGGUCUUGGUCGGAUAAAGGAUGCUGUUUAUAGCGGAGGCGGCUUACGAGGUCAUAAUAGCCGGCCAUCAAGAGACGAGUCCUCGGAAACCACCAUCUCAGGGCCGCGGUCCUCCGUACUGUCAGAAUCGUCGGCGGGUAUAUUAGCAAGUCCGAGUCCAGGGCCAGGACAAGUCGGUAGGGCAUUUACCUGGAAGAAUAAACCGGAGGAGUAUCUGAGUGUUAUCAAGAAAGAGAGGGAAGUGGAAUCUGCACCGGCAUCGGUGGCCCUGCUAGGGACGGAGGACACACAUCUCAGAGAACCGCGAUCAAGCCUUCAUAUAAAUGGUGAAGCUCAAAAGCCGAUAAAUGGCGACAUCAAACGAAUCUUACAUGCUACAGAAAUACGGAAUGAAGUUGCUGCGGCUGUCGAAUCCUCGGUAGCCGGUUCCGUUGUCGCCGAGGGAGACUUACAAGGCCCGUUCAUAGAGGCAGAACAAAAGUUUAGUAACGUUUUGUCUAGACUUUAUAGACGGCACAGCAUAGGUGGCUCUCGACCCCCAGACCGCCGUGGUCCGAACGAAGCUCGAUGGGCUCGGCGGCUAUCUUUUGGCGAUGCUGAAGAAGCCGUUCUCCGGUGGGAUGAAGUCGCCGACCUCGACCAAGACGAAGAAGUGGACAACAUGGCAGCAUUGGAGAAACAUGCAUACCUCACAGAACUUGCCAGGAGUUUGUAUGUGAAUAUUCUUGAGGUUAAGCAGAGUAUUGAGCCUUGGGUUGAUGCGAAGAUCAAGGAGGUUGAGGAUAUCGACGACCAUUACGCGCAGCAACAGGAUGACCUACAAGAAGUAUACGAGCAGCACGCCGACGCAUUUCGGCGUGCUAAAGAGAAUUCUCGAGAAGCAGUCGCGGAGCAGCGAGCACGUAUCACAGAAGCAAUCGGGGAGGUAGGAGUACAGGCGGCUAAGUUGGAGUACGAGAUUAAUGCUCUUGUCUCCCGCGUGCAAGAUGUCGAGGACGGAGUAGCGCAAUUUGAGAUACAAGUCAACGACGUGGAGCGGAGAGCGGACGAGUUAAAGUCACAACUUGAGACGGAGAGUUGGUUGCAUUGGGCUGUACGGACAUUGACGGGUAUCGGGACCGGUCCGAAUAUAACGAGAUCACGGCCGGAACCAAAACCCGAGUCAAGAUCACAGCCCAAGUCACAAUUGCAACAAAUACGAUGAUCGCCAAUUUCUUUUCUCUCUUCUUUAGUGCUUCUAACUUCUAACUGUUACAUAUUUCUCUUGGAGAUCGUUUUAUUUCUUUUCUUGUUAAAUUUUUAUGGCUUGGGAAAAAAACGGGAACGGGCAAGCAUAGCAUUUGGCAAAGCGAGCAUACGGAGUCUGGCGAGUUUAUCAUCCUCUCAUGCAAUCAUGCAAUACAUCCAUGUAUUUCUAGAUACCCGGUGCAAUAGAUUUUAUUCAUAUUA